UGAAAUAGGCAAUACUUUGUGUUUCUAAUAUUUGUUUUUAUUAAAAGGCAAAAACGCUUCUUAUUUUGUUGUCAAAUGGUAUGUCAUUUAUCUUAUCGGAUCUGACAAUCGAACUCCUUAAGCGCAACGGAAAGAGGUACAUUGGAAAGUAAACUAGACGCCAUUUUGAUACAGAAAACAGGACCAUUGUCAAAUAUAGUGAAGUUUGCGCCUUUCCUCCGGGAUGGAGGAAAUUAAGGAAACUAAAAUUAUCUAUCACAUCGAUGACGAAGACACUCCAUACCUGAUUAAGCUCAAUAUUCCUGCAGAUCGUGUUACUCUUGGAGACUUUAAAAAUGCCCUCAAUCGACCAAAUUACAAGUUCUUUUUCAAGUCCAUGGACGAUGAUUUUGGUGUCGUCAAAGAAGAAAUCAUAGAUGAAGAACAGAGGUUGCCAUGCUUCAAUGGGAGAGUUGUUUCUUGGUUGGUGGCGGCAGAGAGCAGCAAUGCGUCUGAUACGCAGUCACAAUGUACAGACUCACAGGCAGGGGAUCUCCAUGUGAUGCCAACUGAGCGAGUGGGAGGGAUCGGGGAUAGCAGACCACCUUCCUUCCAUGCCAAUGCGUCUGUAGCAAGUCGAGAUGACCAUUGUGACACAUGUACAGAAACAGACUCAGUGAUUAGUUCACGAAGAGAUGGACGGCAUCGAAGCUCGCGUCACAGCUCACAUAAAAUGUGCAAUCAUAGCUGUUGUAGAGAUAGCACAACCUCUAGUCUUUCUGCCCACCCACCAAGGUUGAACGGUCAUGCGAAACUGGACAUGCGUCACCCGGGACGACGGCCACAUGGACACUCAUAUGAAUCCUCCACGAUGAUGAGCAGUGAUCUAGAAACCACAAGUUUCUUCGAUUCAGAAGAUGAUACAAUGAGCAGAUAUACCACAAACACAGAGACAACAGCUAGGUCAUCCAGUCGAUAUGGCCGCCUCAAGAAGCGACGACGGAAACAUAGGCUGCCUCCCAUCAGUCGGGCGUCGUCUUUCUCCAGUAUCACAGACUCCACCAUGUCACUCAACAUCAUCACCGUCACCCUCAACAUGGACACUGUGAACUUCUUGGGUAUCAGUAUUGUUGGUCAGAGCAACAAGGGAGGUGAUGGGGGCAUCUACGUUGGAUCCAUAAUGAAAGGGGGAGCAGUGGCACAAGAUGGUCGGGUUGAACCAGGAGAUAUGAUUCUGGAGGUCAAUGGUGUCAGCUUUGAGAAUAUGAGCAAUGAUGACGCUGUACGCACACUACGUGAGGCUGUACAGAAACCUGGGCCUAUCACCCUAGUUGUAGCCAAAUGCUGGGACCCAAACCCCAAAGGCUACUUCACCGUCCCUCGACAGGAACCAGUACGGCCCAUUGACCCCUCCGCAUGGGUGGCACAUACGACAGCGCUAAAACAAGAGUACCUGCAACGGGGAGUGCCGAGUCCGUCGCUCAGCAACAUGACGUCGACAAGUUCAUCAAUAUCUAGUUCAAUACCAGAGUCUGAGAGGUUUGACGACCUUAACCUGACAAUCAACACGGACAUGGCCACUGUCGUCAAAGCGAUGGCAUCGCCAGAUUCCGGCCUUGAGAUUCGUGACAGGAUGUGGCUCAAAAUUACCAUACCUAAUGCUUUCAUAGGUUCAGAUCUGGUGGAAUGGUUGUUCACUCAUGUAGAGGGGUUCGCUGAUCGGAGGGACGCUCGAAAGUAUGCGUGUAAUCUGCUGAAAGCUGGGUUCAUUCGACACACGGUCAACAAAAUCACCUUUUCGGAACAGUGCUAUUACGUCUUUGGGGACUUGAGUGGAGAUUUCUCAACGCUGAGCCUUGAAGAUGUGGACUCCGUCUCAGAGGCAGACAGAGACACCCUAGCCCCCCUUCCCCCUCCCCAGUGGAACAAUCAGUUCCCCUACAAUAGCUCCUCCUACCUGCCACAAAACAUCAGUUAUGGGCCUCCAUACAGCUACACAAGCACUGACUCACAGAGUUUUGUCGGUAGCUUCGUAGAUGGUGCGGACAGUCGAGUUGGUGGGUUUGCAGGAGUGGGACCGGGAGGGAAUAAUAGUGCGGGAUCUGUACACAGCGGCUCUGGAGUAACUCCCAAAAAUGACUGUGCAUGCAUUGUUAGCACUGUUAGUAAAAUAAGUCGCCUCUGGGAUAACAAGGAAAAACAAGAAUAUCACGAAAAACAAAAACUCCAACAGCAGCAGCAGCAACAGCAGCAGAAUCAAAGCACAAAAAACUCUAGUACUAACAUUUCACCGAAUUAUAACCAGUUUGCAAUGAAUAACUUUGCUGGUACGACAUACAGCCAACUUGGCAUGGUGGCUUACCCCACCCACAUCCCAGUAACUGAUGGCCGAGAAUCGUCAAGCUGCUCUGGUAGCAGUGCUUCUGGUGGCAGUAGGAAGGAGAAGAAAGAUAAGAAAUCUAGUCCAAUGGGAAGUGGGAGCGACACGGAAACAGUUGCGAGCUCCCGUCUAGACGAACCCCCACGCCCGGGUCUUGGGGUUCCGCCAGACGUGAGCGGGAGUAGACAGUCGUUCAGAAUGGCGAUGGGCAACCCAUGUGAGUUUUUCGUCGAUGUCAUGUGAUUUCAUCUCUGUAUUGUGGCCCCUUUACAGCCAAUGAGAACCUUCCUUGCAUCUUGAAACCUUAUUGAACAACUGAUGAAAUUUGAGCAUUGUGAGUUUUUGAGCAACCAAUAAAAUGUGUUGUUACAAAACUGUAGCUGAUUGGUUGAAUUUAUUACAAUUUGUAAUUGUAACUGUCGCAGAAUCAUUGUAAAGUUUUAACCAAUGAGAAUCCAUGCUUGAAGAAAAAGAAUUUCCAAUUUUGUUUGUCAAUAAAUAUAUAAAAAUAAAAAAAACUGCGUCUUACAAUAAACCGUAAAUUAAUGAAAAAACAGAAGAUUGUCAUUGGUUGAAAUUGCUAGCAUGGUUUAUGUUGUAUUUUUGUCACUGUAAGACCAGAGAAAAUAAUCCUAAAAUUCUCAUCCAAGCCCAACUUUAUUCAAACUUAUUUUUUAUUUGACAAAAUUCCAGCUUUUUUGUCAAAUGGGAUAAAAUGCUGGUAAUGGUGCAAAAAGUGUAACGUUCCACUUGCUGUUUUCUUUUAAUCUCAAAUGGAAUCAGCUGAUCUGCCACAAUUUUUCAGAAAAUCUUGUUGAGAAUCGAAAACCUGCUUUCUCUGGCCUUACAAUUGGUUUGAAGACCUUAAACUCUAACCCGAUAUUUAAAAAAAAAAUCAAACCAAUGAUUGCAUGGUUAUGCUGAUACACUCUCAAAGGACAAAAUUAGUAAUUUCUUAUCAUACUUAAUGUACAUUGUAGUAUUAAAUACAAUUAAAUACUUACAUUGCAUGAAUUGUGUCUAAACCCCCCACACUUUAGAUAAAUUUAAUACAUGCAUAUAGUUUGUAUUUUUCUGUCAUCAGCAUGCUAACAAAAAAUGAGAGCAAUUCCUGUGCUUAAAUUAAUAUGGCAGAAUCAAUGUAUUUACACAUUAUUUUUUUCAAGAGUUUUGCCAAUCAUUAAUGUAAAUCUUUUAUAAGAUUUGUUUAUGAACAUAUUUUAUAAGAUUAUUAUUUUAUCAGGAUGAAACAAAUGACCUAUGCUCAUGAUAAGAUUUCAAAAAAGGAAAAGUUGGGGUUGGGGAGGGGUAUAUUUUUCGAUUUAAUAAGUUAAGAAGCACAAUGAAUUACAUUUUGUUUUUGGCGCCAUAAUACUGUAAAUUUUUCUGGUACUUAUGAAACUAUGUUGACUACGAACAUAUGGUUUGGACACUAACUAUUACUCCAAUUAGAACACUUAGCCAGAAGCAAAAAGCAUAAGAAUCCUGACUGUUUGAUUUUUGGCUAUUAAGUAAACUCUUCUAACAACAUUUAAAAUCAUGAUAUAAAAAAAAAAUGGAAAAAAGCUCUUCUGAUGUUUUGGUAUCCUAAUUGAUAUUGUGCCAUGUAGUACCCAGUCUUCAUUAAUACAUUUAUCACAUGACCUUGCCUGUUCUGUGUAAUGCAACCAUUGCAUAAGUUCAUAUAUAACACUAGUGUAACUUAGUAUAACUUGACAUUGAUGUCAUUUCAUCUCCCUGAUUAACUGUCAAACCUUAUGCCAAAAACUGAUUGAAAAAAUUGUUGGCAACAACUGUUUUAUGUGAUAAAAGAAAAAUCUUAACAUUAAUUGCCGUUUAACACAACAUUUUAUGGACUUGUUUCAUAAUUUUUUGUAUUAAUUGGCAACUUAAUGUAAGCCCUAUAUUUCGUACGCAAUCUAAAUGUCUACUUUUCUUCCUUCAGUUUCUAAGUUCUUCUCUCUAUUUAACAGGUGAAUCCGUAAUGGACUUGUGACCAUAAUUUCCUGUCCCUAGCAACCAUCUUGUGUACCUUAGCAACCAACUAGUUGAUCUUGGGGGCUGCUGAUGUGACCUUGACCUUUUUUGUACCAAAUUAUAGAAACCAGUCCUUUUGGGAAUAACACUUACAUAGACGUGUAUAAAACAUGCAUAUUUGUGAAAUAUGUGGUCAACAUAUGUGCAAUUCUUGUCUAUCAUUCUUGUUGUGGUUAAAUUAAACCAUAUUAAAAUUGAUUUUUAAUUCUAUAUCAUUUUACAUAUCUUUUUGUAUGGUUUAUUUUAGAAUCUUUUUCAAUUUUUGUCACUUUUACCAGAAUAAAACUAAGCGAAGUUGUGUAGAUCAAAAGUAUUGAUAAAUUAUUUAUUAUUAUGGACUUUUAGAGCUCUAUAAAUUAUUGUAUGACAUAUUUCUGUAAAUGCUGAUGAUUUUAAUUCUCCACUUUAAUAUGUAUUGUAGUUUUUUGUACAGAUUCAGCUUCCAUAUGUAAAACCAUUUGUGAUUGGCUGAGAUUGUAAUGAUAUUCAAACAAGUAGUAUUGCAUUAACCAAUGAGUGCCAUUGUUCCAUUUUCAGAUAUUAUAAUGUUGUUCAUGGUUGCUCAUUUGUUUAGCAUAAAGUUUGAAUGAAAUGGAAAACCGAAAUGUGUUUUAGCAUGUAUAAAUGUAUGCACCGCAGCAUUUUUGAAUGUAUUUGACAUUUUUCGCUGUCUAACAUUUUACAGAGAGUAUAACAUGUAUGAUAUAUGCAUUACAGCAUUUUGAAUGAAAUUGGCAUUUUUUCGCAGUCUAAAAAUUUACACAUAUAUCAGAACACUGCUUUCUGACUUAAAAUUUCAUUUAUAUAAACUUUUUCGCAACAUAGAAAGCUUAUUUUUAGCUACUUUAAAGAUAUUGAAAAAAACCUAGGCAUAAACUUUCACUAUGAAAAAUGGUAUUUAAUAAAUAUCACCAUUUUUUCCUUACUAUAAAGUAUGUGUUUACAGUAAACAAUUAACAUAGACAAUUUAUUGAAAACCAUAUAGCAGGACCAAUAUUAUUUUUGAGGUACAAACAAUGUUACAUUUUAGUGUCAAUGUUAGAAUGUUUUAAUAUGGUGCUAAUUGAAUGUAAUGUGCAGUUUUGACGGUCUGAAUGUCUAUGUUUAAGGCUUAAAUAUUAGGUUUUGUUGAAAUACUGGUUUUUAGUAAUCAUUGAAAACCACUUGCCUGUGAUUUUAUCAGAUGCAAAAUGUUAGAAUUCCAAGUCUAGUUAUGAUUUUCAAAACUGUGAAUCUUUGUCAUAUAAAACAUGAAUUUGAGUUUGUUGACUGUAAUUUUGUUUGUUUACUGUAUUUUACUUUGAUGCUACUUUAACAAUGGAAAAAAGUAUCAUCGGAACCAUACAAAACAUUUUAUAUUCAUUUACAAAGUACACUAAGUCAGUUGUCAGAUGUACCACAGUAAUUUGAGUGGAUUUUAUUAUACCUUUCCAAUUUAAAGAUAAUUGAAUUGUAUUGAAUUAAAAAUAAAAUGAAUGGAUUAACUGGUAAAUCUCUGCCAAAUGAACUAUUUGGACAAGUUACAGUAAUGGCUUUGGGAACUGGUUAGUUGUGCAAUGUCCUUGUAUAGUAAUUUAGUUUAAAAUAUUUAGGCUGUACCUUAGGUCUGAAACAAAGGGUGGCUAUGCUAAGAAGCUGAUUUAAAAAGUUGUUAAGCAGUAAAAUGUGAAAAUCAUAACUAUACUUGAAAAAAAUGUAUGUGACUUAGUGUUUUCCAUUUAUAAUUGCUGUAUCUCCAUUUGUUUUAAAAACCAAAAAAGCAUGAUUUUGUAAUACAAUGUUUGUCGCUCCUUCAAUCCUAACGUGUUAGGAAAUUCUAGAGAAAAUAAAUUUAAAAAAAAACAUUCA